UAGCUAUUUAAAGUUCAGUCUCCGCGCGCCACUGAAACCUUUCCUUACUGCCAAUAAGGACGCACCAGGACGCACAGUACCGGGCAACGCUCCGAGGACACACACACUGAACCACAUUUUAAUGAGGGACGGAAGCGCAGAUGAAGGGAGAAUAAUCGUGUUGUAGCUGGGAAGUUAAUCAAAGAACAUCCACUACCUACUAACUGCCUGUCGUCGAGGGUGUUGCACCAGACAUCAAUCAUGGGUGUGAAGAUGCUGCAGUGUUUUCCUUUCUACAGACGCUGUAAAGAGCGUUGCAAGAGGCAAUGCCCCCCUGCCACAGUUCCCAUAGAGGAGAUGAAGCCCCGUCUGUCCUCCACCACAUCCUGGGGUAGUGACAGUGAGGGAGCAGGAAGCCUCAGUCGAGGCUCCCAAAUCUACUUCUCCACCAAGGCCCGGCUGUCUUUCAGACACCAGCUGGACAGCAACAUCAACGCAGUGGACGCCACCUACUAAGGGAUGACAGGGUGCUGCAGAGGAGAUAAAUGGACUCCAGUAUUAAAGUUUUCCAUUGCCCACUCAUGCUUGGAGCCUGUGGCGCAGAGCUGGCAGCCUGAUAGCUGAGCAAAUGCAUCUGUCGUCACCUUUAGACGUGAUCAACAGUAGUUGUGAACAGGCCACAAUUUGCAUUGUAACCCCUCUGUGCUCGCCGCCAACAAAGAAUGCUUGAUGAUGAAUCAGAGUCAACAAGGGACACAGACUGAAAUAGACUUGGUUUCCAGUGUCAGUGCAUUAUGGUUUCGGGAGUCUAAACCGAGUGGAUCCAGUACGCAAAUGGAUAUAAUAUUGAUGAAAGCGAAGACAACAUAGAAACGUGUUUACAGUGUUCACUACCAACAAGUGCAUUAUUUUUUCGUUUCUCUCUUUUGUUUGGUUGGUGGGUGGGACUUUUUUUUUUUUUUUUUUUUUAACUGAUUCUCUGUUUUUCAAUUACUUUCCUGACCUUUGUGGACUUUUUUCAUUUGGAGAUGAUAUCGUCAUCGUUUCGAUGAGCAGGAUGAGGCAGUUAAAGUUCUGAUUAAAUCUUCUCAUUAGCAGUCAUCAUCAUGAGUGAAUUAUAAAUCCAUCGUUGACAUUUUGUCUGGGUUAACUAUCUAAUCCUGCUCUGUGACACAAAACCCUUCACAGCAACAGUGAAAUACUACAAAACAGAAAGGAAAAAAGGCAUUAACUCUAAUUCUAGCACAAACUUAUUAGGGUCAGGUUGUAUGAUAUUUGCAGGUAUGAAAAUGUUCAGCUGCUGCCUCUAGUUAGUUCCUCUUUGAAAAAGCAUCUGGUAAACCGAGCUGCACAGCAGUUACAUUUCCAUUAGGUAUUUUGUGAGUUAUAACAUUCUGACUAAUUCCUUUUUGUUUAUAUUUUUUAUAAUUAAAAACACUCCUGGUUGCAUUUGAUAUUAAAAUGUAUUGACUUUUUAACAGUACAGAUUUUUUUAGGAUGAACAGGGUUCUGUAUUUGCCUACAAAGAACAGAUAUGAAUGUAAGCGCUGAUCCCAAACGACUGUGAAAAACCUGCUGAAAUAUGAAACUACCAUUUUUUGUCCUUUGAUGCAAAACCAGUUAUCAGCUAUUCAAAUCCACAGAACGUCAAAAGAAAAGUUUCUUUAUUCUUUACUAACAAAAUAAUAACAAUGUACAUUUAAAAAAAUGUCUCCUGUGUUUUUAUUGGUGGUGAAUGUGAAGUGUGUGUGUUGCAGCAUUAAAUAUGAGGAUCACAUA